AGUUGCAACUACUCUGAAGGAAAAUUCCUAAAUCUCGGAAUCAAACCCUAAAAAGCUUAUCUUUUUUUGUGGUAAUGCAGCAGAGUCAAUGUACCUGGACACAAACGGUGUGAUACUCAGACAUUUUACCUUCAAAUCCUCACUUCUCCCAAUCACGACUCAUUCCCGACGAAGCUACGCGAAUACCCAUCGUUCAACUUCAACCGGAGCCACCAUGACCACCACAUUUUCGACUCAGAACGAGUCGACUCAGCAAACUCAGAAACCCGUCCAGGUGGCUAAGCGAUUAGAGAAGUUCAAGACUACUAUUUUCACUCAGAUGAGCAUAUUAGGUGUGAAACACGGAGCGAUCAAUUUAGGCCAAGGCUUUCCCAAUUUCGACGGUCCUGAUUUUAUUAAAGAAGCUGCCGUCCAAGCCAUUAAAGAUGGUAAAAACCAGUAUGCUCGUGCAUACGGCGUUCCUGAGCUCAACUCUGCAAUUUCUACCCGGUUUCAAGAAGAUACAGGUCUCGUUGUUGAUCCGGAGAAAGAAGUCACUGUCACAUCUGGUUGCACUGAAGCCAUAGCUGCAUCAAUGUUGGGUUUAAUAAACCCUGGAGAUGAAGUCAUUCUCUUUGCACCAUUCUACGAUUCCUAUGAAGCGACGCUCUCUAUGGCUGGUGCUAAAAUAAAAGGAAUCACUUUGCGCCCACCUGACUUCUCUAUCCCUUUGGAAGAGCUCAAAGCUGCGUUUACUAAAAACACCCGAGCCAUCCUCAUGAACACUCCACACAACCCAACGGGGAAGAUGUUUACAAGAGAAGAGCUUGAAACCAUUGCAUCCCUCUGCAUUGAGAACGAUGUGCUUGUGUUCUCUGAUGAAGUGUACGACAAGCUUGCUUUUGAAAUGGAUCACAUUUCCAUAGCUUCUCUUCCUGGUAUGUACGAAAGAACUGUGACCAUGAAUUCCCUUGGAAAGACUUUCUCUUUGACCGGAUGGAAGAUCGGUUGGGCGAUUGCACCACCUCAUCUGACUUGGGGAGUUCGACAAGCACACUCUUACCUCACGUUCGCCACAUCAACACCAGCUCAGUGGGCAGCCAUUGCAGCUCUCAAGGCACCAGAGUCUUACUACAAAGAGCUGAAGAGAGAUUACGCGGCGAAAAAGGAGAUUCUGGUUAAGGGUUUGAAAGAAGUCGGGUUUACAGUGUUCCCAUCAAGCGGGACUUACUUUGUGACCGCGGAUCACACGCCAUUUGGACUGGAGAACGAUAUAGCCUUCUGUGAGUAUCUUAUUGAAGAAGUUGGAGUCGUUGCAAUCCCCACAAGCGUCUUUUAUUUGAAUCCAGAAGAAGGGAAGAACUUGGUUAGGUUUGCCUUCUGUAAAGACGAAGACACUUUGCGUGGUGCAAUUGAGAGGAUGAAACAAAAGCUAAAGUCAAAAGUCUGAAGUUUGAAUUAGUAAACCACCUCCCUAUUUUUAUUGUUGUUGUGUAGUAGUAGUACCUUGUGUUCGUAGUUUUUCUUCGGUUCCAUUUCAUGAGAGACUUUGAAUCAGCAAAGCAAAUUAAUAAAGUUUGACGUUAUUAAAUGGCUAGA